AUGAUGACAACAACGACGGCCGCUUCUGGUUAUUACGACGUUAAUAAAUUCAUACAAAACUUCAGUAACAGUAGCAAUGAAGGGCCGUCCGAAUGUGGACAGGAAGUCAAUACCAAUGGCCUAGCAGACUUCAUUAUUUAUGGCAUAUUCGUCAAUCUGAUCGGUCUCUUCGGAAUCUUCGGCAACACGAUCUCAAUGAUCAUCUUAUCGCGACCGCAGAUGAAAUCUUCUAUCAAUUAUCUACUGAUUGGAUUGGCCAGAUGUGAUACAGUACUGAUUAUCAUUGCGGUAUUAAUCUACGGAUUACCAGCAAUCUACACGUAUACAGGCGCGCUAUUCGACUACAAGUUCAUCGUCUAUCCGAAAACCAUCAGGUACCUGUAUCCGCUGGCUUGCAUAGCGCAAUUUGUGACGGUGUAUCUGACGUUAACGGUGACUUUAGAGAGAUACAUCGCGGUCUGCCAUCCAUUGAAAGCUAGAUCCUUCUGCACUUAUGGACGGGCUCAAGUAGCAGUGUUGAUCAUAGUGAUCGUCGCUUUUAUUUACAAUUUACCCAAAUUCUGGGAAAUUGAAGUGUAUAACGAGAAGCAUUGGAAGUAUAAUAUUACGGUGUACUGCGUUGAUCCAACUGAAUUGAGGAGCAACGAAUAUUAUGUCAUCCUGUACAUUCAUUGGAUGUACUUUUUUGUGUAUUACAUGUUUCCGUUCAUCGCACUGGUGAUUUUUAACACGGCCAUUUAUCGACGGGUCAGAAAGGCGAACCGAGACCUGCAGCAGCUAUCGCGUCAUCAACGUCGAGAAAUCGGCCUAGCGACGAUGUUGAUGUGCGUGGUGAUCGUGUUCCUGAUUUGCAACAUCCUGCCUAUGAUCUCGAACGCGCAUGAGACGUUCAUCGCAGAUCCGCCGCAGUGGAUGGUGCAGAUCGGCAAUCUAUUGGUGACUAUCAACAGCAGUAUCAACUUCAUCAUUUACGUGAUCUUCGGACGAAAGUUCAAGAGAAUAUUCCUCAAGCUCUUCUGCUCAUCCAGGCUGUUUGUGCCCGGCCGGGAUAGUCCGGAGUUUCAGACUUACGACGAAUCGGUUGUCACGACGAAUAUCGAACUGAGAAACUCAGUCAGACACGGCCACCUUCAUCGUGCCAACACCAUCAGCUGGAACAACAACAUCCACGUGUCCAACGGCAGCACCAGACAGAGUCUGAAGAGUGGUAGACCAGCCAGCCCCGGUUCCUGCGUUUAUUAUCCGGGCAAGAAUUCAGUGAGAAACCUUAGUCAGAUGUCAAGAACGUCGAAUGGUCGCAACAGUUGGACCAGAAGAGAGAACGGCGAUUCUACGCUAUAAUGGACAGCAACAACUAUCCGCGUUUAUUAUGCAAUUAGAAGUCUGCCGAGUAUUUUAAUCAAUGU